GGGGUGUAGUUUACCUACCACCUUGCACUGCACGCUCCUCCCAAGUGUGUGUGGUAAGCGCACAAGUGAAGUUACGGUUGAGGGGAAGCUCAAAACAUUACUACGUCCGAAGGAAGAGGUAGCUGUUCAAUAUGACCCGGCAGCUGACAUCUUGCCAAACCAAAUUAUAAGCCAGGUCAUUUUUUUAAUGGAGGUCCAAGGGCAAUGGGCGGAGGUCUUCGAGGGCUCUGACAGACAAGAGGACUCUGGUGGGGAGGGUGAGCUGCUGGGUAGCUCCACAAUCACCUUGGCUCCUCUGGUGGUCAACACUCCUCCCCCUCCCGUUCGCCGCUCCCAGCCCCUCGUCAUCCGCAGAAGCAGAAUGAAUAGCGUGGAACUGUCCUCUGUUCCUUCUAUACCCAAUCCCUUUCCAGAGCUGUGCAGCCCCUCUCAAUCCCCAGUCCUGAUUGGCUCUCUCUCACCGCCGAGAAGUGACACUCAUCUGAUCAAGGUGUUCGGCGAGGACAGUCACAGUCGGUCCCUGUGGGUGAUACCAAGGGCCACAGCCAGGGACGUGUGCCAUUUGUUGGUGCAGACAGCCCACUGUAGCGACCAGGAGAACUGGGCUCUGAUCGAGCUGCAUUCAGCCUUGGGCCUGGAGCGAGUUCUGGAGGACCACGAGGUGGUGGUGGAGGUGCAGGCUGCCUGGCCCUCCGAGAGCGACACCAAGCUUCUGUUCCGCAAGAACUACGCCAAAUAUGAGUUCUUCAGGACACCUAUGCUGUUCUUCCCCAAGCACAUGAUCUCAGACAGUGCUGAUGUCACCAAGGGAAUGACCUCGGCGGAACUCAUCCAGAAUCUGCUGCAGUCGGGGACAUGUCCUGAGAUCCAGGGCUUCCUCCACGUCAGAGAGCCCAGCCGCAAAGCCUGGAAGAAGGUCUACUUCUUCCUCCGACGUUCAGGCCUCUACUGCUCCACCAAAGGCUCAUCAAAGGAGCCCCGUCACCUCCAUUACGUGGCUGACCUGGAAGACCUGAACGUCUACAGUAUCACCAACAGCCGCAAGCUCUACGGUGCCCCUGUGGACUUCACCUUCUGCGUCAAGCCCAGCAAAGACCGUAUUCGUGCGCAGGACUUGAAGCUGCUGUGUGCGGAGAACGAACAAACGCGCACCUGCUGGACCUCUGCAUUUCGACUAUUCAAGUAUGGGAGGCAGCUGCAUUGUAACUACCAGCUGUCCCAGUCGGCACCUCGUCUACAGGAGGUUGUGUCUCAACGGUGUGAGUCGGAGGCCAGCCUGGUCGCCAUGGACUUUUCAGGGAAGGCGGGGGGCCGGGUCAUCCAGAAUGCCUGGGAGGCCCAGAGCGCGGAGAGGGAGGAGGGACAGGCAUGGAGGAGGAGAGAAGCCUUGAGGUGCAGCCUACCCAACCCUAACCCGGGAUCUCGGCCCUCUUCCAUACACCGGACCCAACUCUGGUUCCACGGUGGUGUGUCGCGAAAGCAGGCCCAGAGGCUGAUCGAGGAACAGGGAUUGGUGGAUGGGAUGUUCCUGAUUCGUGAGAGCCAGCAGCAUGCCCAGUGUUUUGUCCUCUCGUUGUGUUACAAGCUGAAGACCAAACACUACCUCGUCAUCUCUUGUGAGGAGGGCGGUAGGAAGUACUACACCAUGGACGAUGGCCUCACCCUCUUCAUUGACCUACUGCAGCUGGUGGAGUUUCACCAGAUCAACAGAGGCAUCCUCCCUGUCUGCCUCAAACACCCCUGUGUCUGUGUCGCCCUCUGGCCACUUGGUUAGGGACACCUCAUAUGACCCUAGGGACACCUCAUAUGACCACUGGGCUAGGUAUAUAUGCAAAGUAGUUCAAACGCUGUCCGUUUCACUGUAGCUAGCCGUACACCGGUAGACCGUGUCUUUUGCCCCUGUGUUUCGGGCACUGUUUUCCAAAUGGCGAGGGCAGGUGUUUGGCAGGCGGGAGCGAACGACACUGUGUGCUAGUUUACCCAGCUAAUCCUGAAGACGACUCCGGUACACGGGAGGCGGGAACAACACUGUUUGCUAGCUAACUAACAAGCUAGCUAGCACACUAGCACACUGUGUCGUUAACUAGGCAGGCAUUCAUGAAAGAACCAAUGGGAUGCUCGAGGUGGGAACACCCUUAAUUGUGAGCUGCAGUUGCACACUUUGAAAAGUUACAAAUUGCAGCUUGAAGUCACAUGCAGUAACUAGUGUGUAGGGGUCUAGACAUGGGUGGUCACAGCUAUACACCCCUAGCAGUAGCUUUUAAAUCAUGUAUUUUUAAUUGAAACUAACUAAUUUGACGUUUCAGACCCCCCCCCCCUCAUUUUUUUACGUUUGAAUUAAUUACUUGCAAUCCCUGUGAGGGUAAGUUUAAUUACGCAUUUUGCACAGCUUUAGGAUCUUAGAGCGCCAUCGUUCGUGGUAGGAUUUUGUGCUGAAAUCUAAAGAAUUUGACUUGCUAAAGGGCUUGUUCACUCCCUUGUGAAGCAAUACGUCUGUGGAUAGUUGGCUGGAUGGCUAUAACUGAUAUCACUGAGUAGGUUCUUCAAUUUGAGAAAAGAACAUUGUUUUCACACAUUCUUUAGGGGCUUUGCGAUUUCCAUGUGGAAUAGAGCCCCUUUCAAUGUGUGGAAUGUACCGUGUGCAAGUUCCUGAGUGUACCACUAGGGGGCACUCUUCGUACACCGGACAGCAGAGCCAAAGACGUGAGAGCUGAUUUGUCAUUGAGGAAUUCAUCAGGGGCUUACCCAGCGAGGUGCAAUGUUUAGAAUCAGUUAGAAAUAAACUCCAUAGAGCCAUUGAAAAUCCAUAUUCUUCACAUCAGGAAUUAUCAAGUCUUUUCAGCACAAUACAUUUCUAUCUGAAUGUUCUGUAAAAUUGCACCAUCUUGAAUAAGCCCCAGGAUUGGUGAAAUACUGUAGCUACUCGGCAUGCCUUCUGAAUGUGCAUAUGUAUGUUUUUAAUUAUUAUUUUAUAGUUCACUGUGUAUGGUUUUCAUACUAGGACACACUACUAGUAAGUGCCUUGUAAAUUCAAAUAACACUAAGCACUCUUAAAUGCAUAUUUUUUGCACAAUGUUGGUUGAGGGAGAACUAUUCUGAUGUCUUGUUUUUGUAGUUGGCUGUAAAAAGAGAUGCGGGCUGUUCAUUCCUACCCUGCAUGUUCAUAGUGUAUGCUUGUAUGGGCUUUCAAUCAAUGACAUCUGAGACUUGUUUGAAAUCUUGCAAUUGCUCAUAGCGUUUAUAUGAAUUAAGUGGUGUUCGAUGUGCAACGUAUACAUCUCAAGUUAUUCAAGGCCAGUUUACUUUUGUGCCACGUUUUACGUUUUUUUUUUUCCCCCAUUGAAUUCAAUUGUAUUGUGUGAUAAGCAACAUGGCAAAUAUCUAUAUCUCUUUCAUAACUGUUUAAUAAAUAAUAGAUUUUCUUA